AGGGGAAACACCGUUUGUGCGCAUGCGCAUACCGGGUCGUGGUACACCUGUUGAAGCCACUUAUAAUCAGGUAAUUGCUGCUGCGGAUGUGGUCGCAGUAGCUGAGGGUUAUUUCAGGCUGUAUUACAGGAGUAUAACUGCACACAGAACUACUCAAGACUAAUAAUAACACGGUUACCACUUUAAUUCACUUAUUACUGUUGAGUGCUGCUCACCUGACGGAGCUCUCAGUCAUGAAUCCUCCAACCAACAGAGACGAUACACACCCGCCAGAGCACUACAUGCCCCACUCAUCAUCAUCAUCAUCAGGAGGCGUAGGAGGAGGAGGAGGAGGAGGUGGUUUGUAUCUGGAUGCCUUUGAGGUCUCUUUCCCUCUGGAGGAGAGCAUCGAAAGACCGCCCGCAUAUCACCUGAACCAGGGUCAGCAGGUGAUGGAGGAGCCCGUGGUGCAGGAGCCCCCUCACUCUCAAUACAGCCCUUUCAUCCUGGUCUCCAACCUGCGAGCUCACCUGUACGUCACUCUGGAGAAGAACGCCUGGCUGCAGAAACGCAUCGAAGAGCUCGAAGAGGAGCGCAACUUCCUGCGCUGUCAGCUGGACCGCUUCAUUGUCAGCAUGAGAGGUCCGGAGGUGACAGAGUGGUGUGGAGAAUCUCAGCGUGGUGUGAAGGUCCAGCCGUCCGCCUCUCCCUCUCCUCCUUCCCCCAUGACCACCAGGUCUGGCAUGACCCUCAAACGGCAGCAGGGACCAGGACCUCGGCCCCGCCGCAGCACCGCCAUCCCUGCGACAGUGAAGCAGGAGUUUCACCUGGAGGAGGAUAAAUACUACACUGAGGACGAGUAUGUGGAGGAGGAGGAGGAGGAGGAGGAAGACGAGGACUCGUCACUGGAGAAGGGGUCAAAGAAGAAGGGCCGAGGGCGAGCCAACGGAGAGCCGAGGAUGAAGAUGAGGAGGAUCUUCAGGAUCACCCAUGGGAGGGAGAGACAGAGAGUGGUACUGCUUUCAUUCACAACAACAGAUGUACCAGCAUUUUCCCUGAAAUGUAGGUCAAAAGUCAAAGACCCAGAGGGGGUUUUGAUUCGUUAUAAGAAGAUCCUGACAACCUACCAGCGGGUGAGGAGCAUGUCCCGAGCCUUCCAUAUCCACGGAGUCGACAGGAACACCAUGGCCUCUACCUCCCCCAUCGCCGAGCUGCUGCUGGUGGCUCCAGAGAAGAUGGUGGAGGUCGGGGAGUUCGAGGCAUCGAAGGAGAAGCUUUUGGAUUACGCCCGGCGGUGCUACAAGACCAUGGACGACCAGACGCACGCCAAGGUUCAGGCCAUGAAGAAGACCCACAAGCUGCUGCCGAUCUCCUACAGGUUCAGAAACUGACUGACAGGAGGGAUGAGGAAGAGGAAGGUUUCUGCACUCAACUUUGUUUUCAGAUUUUUGUUAUGCACUUUUUCAACUUUUGUUUUUUGUUUCCGUACAGUAAGAAGAUGUAGGAAAUGUGAAAAUACAAAUGUGAGAUGCCAAAUUACAGGAUUAACAGUUGAACAUUUCUACCAACAUGCUGCCUGAUUUAUACUUGUGAUUUAUUUCUUUUUCGUGCAGCUGAUAUGGUGGGAACCUUUUUUUUUGUGUUGAAGAUUGUGAUUUUCACUGGAGGUUGAAAUUAUUUGAAGUUACUUUUUGCUUUACCUCAGGAAUGAACAAAGUCAAAGAAGACACAGUAUAUUGUGAAUUAUGAUGUUCAUUUCGAAGCAUACUGACUUUUUGAGUUUGUAGAAUAUUGUUGCUUUGGGAGUAUUUACAGAGCUCAGAUGUUUGUUUUCUAGAAGGACUGGCCCUCAUCUUUUUGUUUUGUAUUAAAAGAGGGAGAAAUAUUUAUUUGCUUUAUUAAUUUUUGCAACAGAAUUUUGUUGUGUCAGAAUGAUUAUUCUGGGAAAUAUGUACAUUUAAUAUGUAUCGUUAAGAAGAACAUAUGUUAAUAUACAAAUUAUAUAUUUAAUCUGAGUUGGC